AUGCCAACAGAUCACAAAGAGCCCUGUGGUCCCAGUCACAGGUCAUUUUGCCUGAAUGGAGGGAUGUGUUAUGUGAUACCCACUAUUCCCAGCCCAUUUUGUAGAUGCACUGAAAAUUAUACAGGAGCUCGUUGUGAAGAGGUUUUUCUCCCAAGCUCCAGCACCCAAACUAAAAGUGACCUGUUUGCAGCUUUUGUGUCAUUGACUAUUCUUCUAGGAACUCUUAUCAUUGGAGCCCUACUUCCUUCCUACUUCCUUUUCAGGAAGGGCCACCUUCAGAGGGCCAGUUCAGUCCAGUAUGAUAUCAACCUGGUAGAGACAAGCAGUACCAGUGCCCACCACAGUCAUGGAGAACACUGAAGAAAUAUCACACUGAACAAAAUCAUUCCGUGUUUGUCACAAAGGCAGAAAAUGAAACUCCAUAAGGAUUUUCAUUAAGCAAACUCAUACUCAGUUUCUACAAAUGAAAGUCAAGUCAGUCAUCUAAACAUCUCAAUUUCCA